AUGGCGAGUGCCGUCAAAAGAGGAUUGCAAAAGAUCUUCGAGCGCGCCGAAAAAUCACAGUCAGCGCUAAAGCGCAUCUUGAAUCCAUCCGCUGAUGGGGCAGGCACACGAGUCUUCCCACCCCAGAAUCCUAAUUCUGAUAGGCAAAUCGGCCUGAGGAUCGAUAAAGGGGAGCCAGUUCAAGGCAAAGCAAAUGUUCUCAAGCUUAAGCUGCAAGUCAACAAGAACGCCGAUGACCCUACUUUGAAAAAAAUGGCGGACCAGAACUCCCAUGCUGUGGUUUCGGAAGCUGAAGUCAACGUUGCCCAGGAACCUAAUGUCGAAAACCUUAAAAGUUUGUUCAGUAACUUCGAAAAGAAUAUUCGUCUCUGA